CCUCCCGGGGGGGCGUGCCCGGAAGCGGCGGCGCGGUGCCGGGGGCCGGGGCCGUUGGCCGCCUCCUCCCUCCUCCCUCCUCCUUCCUUCCCUCCCGCUGCCACCGCCAUGGCUUCGGUCGCCGAAUGCCUGCGGGAGUGGGAGGAGCUGCAGGACGGCUUCCAGCGCAUCCAGGAUAACCACAGGCUGUACAAGCAGAAGCUGGAGGAGCUGACCAAGCUGCAGGACGGGAUCUCCAGCUCCAUCGCACGGCAGAAGAAGCGGCUGAAGGAGCUGUCCCUGUCCCUCAAGAAAUGCAAGGCCGACGUGAGUCCCGAACAGCGAGAGUCCAUCCAGGAGACCCAGAGCCUGAUCAAAGAGAGACAGAAUGUUUUCUUCGAGAUGGAGGCCUACCUGCCAAAGAAGAACGGGUUGUACCUGAGUCUGGUGCUUGGGAACGUGAACGUGACGCUGCUCAGCAAGCAGGCUAAGUUUGCUUAUAAAGAUGAGUACGAGAAGUUCAAGCUCUACCUCACCAUCAUCUUGCUCAUCGUGUCCUUCUCCUGUCGGUUCCUUCUCAACUCCAGGGUGACAGAUGCCGCCUUUAACUUCCUCCUGGUGUGGUACUACUGCACGCUGACCAUCCGGGAGAGCAUCCUGAUCAACAACGGAUCCAAAAUCAAGGGCUGGUGGGUUUUCCAUCACUACAUCUCCACGUUCCUCUCAGGUGUCAUGCUGACUUGGCCGGACGGGCUCAUGUACCAGAUGUUCAGGAACCAGUUCCUCUCCUUCUCCAUGUACCAAAGCUUCGUGCAGUUCCUCCAGUACUACUACCAGAGCGGGUGCUUGUAUCGGCUCCGAGCGCUGGGCGAGAGGCACAACAUGGACCUCACUGUGGAGGGCUUCCAGUCCUGGAUGUGGAGAGGCCUCACCUUCCUGCUUCCCUUCCUCUUCUUUGGGCAGUUCUGGCAGCUCUUCAACGCCGUCACCCUGUUCCGGAUGCUGCAGCACCCGGAGUGCAAGGAGUGGCAGGUCCUGAUGUGCGGCCUCCCCUUCUUCGUCCUCUUCCUGGGGAACUUCUUCACCACCCUUCGUGUUGUGCACCAGAAGUUUCAGAACCAGAGCAAAGACACAAAACGGAACUGAAGAGGAGCAGCACGGGGGCCAGGACUGUUUCUCGCCGCUGGCUCCGUCCCGUUCCCGUCUCCUUGCCUUGACACCGUCCGGACUCUGGUGUCUCACCCCAUUCUGCACAAGCCUGGAUGGGGGACAGAGCUGGGGGCUUGCUUGUGAAUAGACAACGUGUUCUCUGUGGUGCUGAAUCUGUGCCUGUGUCACUCAGCGGGCAGCAGGAGCACCCUGCAACACUGUCCUGCCUUGGGGAGGAGCAGGGGGCUCGGGGCCCUGAAACCACGUUUGGGAACGCUGCCCCUGCAGCCCCUGCUAUGGCUGCACACACGUGCUGCUCUCUGGGAUGGGGCACCCCGAGUUCCUCCUCGCCCUUCAAUCCACAGAGGGGCUGAGGAGGAAGAGCUGUGGACAUAGGAGCACCACGAGCCUGAGAACCAGGCUUCCCAGCUCCCUGGCCUUGCAUCUCUGGACGACGCAUAUGCAAAAAUAAUAAAGGGAAAGUGCUUCCUCA